CUACGUCUCUCUUCCCUAAAUUAUUGGUAAUUAUUUUACUUCCCCAAAUUUCGAAAUUCGAAUAUCCUCUUCCUCUUCCGCUUCCUCUCCGCAUUCCAUUUUCCGUUCUCCAUUACUUCUGCAAUUCGAGAUUGUUCGAAUUCGAAUUUCUUGUGAAGCGAUGGCGGACCCUAAUUCCAAGGCCGACGCCGUCGACACCACCGUUCGCGCCGACGAAGAACAAAACCCUACCAAUAAUCCACCGACCGAAGGCGACGGUGCCGCCGCCGCCACCGCCGUCGCCGCCGCAAAUCGUCCACGGAGAACUCCGUUUACGAACCUCAGUCAAGUCGAUGCGGAUCUUGCCCUUGCCCGUACCCUCCAAGAACAGGAAAGAGCUUAUAUGAUGUUGAGAAUGGAUAUGGGUGAAGGCAGUGAUUACGGAAGUUGGGAAGCUGAGAGCUACGAGGAUGAGGAUGAGGUUGAUGCAUAUGAUGACGCCAGUGAAGAGGAUUAUGAUGGUUCUGAUGUCGAGGUGGAUGAUGAAGCAGAAGAUGCUUUUGAUGUGCAUGCCCGUGCUGGAGGAGUAGAAAGUGAUAGUCAAAACGACGAAGUAGAUCCAUCUGCUUUUUCGAGUGACGAGGCAUAUGCUAGAGCCUUGCAGGAUGCUGAAGAACGGGAAAUGGCAGCUAGAUUGUUAGCCCUAGCUGGAAUAAAUGAUAUGGUUGUUGGGGAGGAUGAUGAAGAAGAAGAUGAUGAUGAUGAUGAUGAUGGUGAAUAUGAUGAAGAUGAAGAGGAGCAUGGUAGUAAUGCUCAGGAUGCAUGGGAGGAGGUCGAUCCCGAUGAACUGUCGUAUGAGGAGUUGAUUGCACUGGGCGAUGUCAUUGGAACAGAGAGUAGGGGUCUUUCUGCAGACGCAAUUGCUUCAUUGCCGUCCGUAAACUAUAACUCAAAAGGCACUCAUGAAGGAAACGGCGAUUCCUGUGUUAUAUGCAGGUUGGACUAUGAGGAUGACGAUAACUUGACUGUUCUCUCUUGCAAACAUUUAUACCAUCCCGAGUGUAUUAGCAAUUGGUUAAAUAUAAACAAGGUUUGUCCUGUAUGCAGUGCUGAAGUCUCGAUUCCGGGGAAAAGCUAGCAGAUUUUCAUCGAAUAUAUUUUGCACAAAGAUGGGAGCGGCCAAUAAUUCGAUUGCUUGUACUGUUUGGCUCCUAUAAUUAAAAACCUAGACAUAUAAAAAAAAAAGAAUGUACUAAUGAACUUCUGCCAAUGGAACCUUUUCGAUGUUCUAUCUGAAUUAUUUUGGUCUUAUUGAAUUGUUUGUUCCCAUAUUUUAA